AUGGGUGGUGAGGGCGAGGGUUCGGAAAUCCGCCCGGAGGAGCCGGAGCCGAAGGUUGUGGAUGCCACCGAAAGCGACGGCGAUGUGCGGCCGUCCGACCCGGGGUUCGAUGCGUCCGAUGGCGACCGCGAUCGUCCGGGGGCGCAUCAUAACAACGAGGGCGCCCCUUCGGGGUCGAGUGCCGGAGAUGAGGCGACCGGGGAUGACACGGGGCGGAAAGGGGGCAGGGAAACGGACUCUGACGGAUCUGAUAGGUUACGACGGGGCGCCCCCGACUCGCCCCCCGCCCCCUCGACGCCGAGGAAUCGCACCGCCUGGGAGUGGUUCGUGUUCUUCCUCGGCAUCCUCGGACAGGUGCUGUACGACAUCAUCUUGCUGGCCUCGCCGGACACCACGCGCAGGCAGAGACGGUACGGAUCGUUGAUGCACGAUGGACACGACAGCAACGGUGAGUUCAGGUCGAGAAAGCGGGGAGGGGCACGAUCGGCGGGUACGAAUCAGGGAGGUCGCGACGGCACAGCUGGCGGCGCGGAGGAGACUCACGUUCGCCGGCGCGGGCUGACGGGGGUGAGGCAGCGCGCGAGGGACGCCAGCGAGGUGCCCGAGGAGCUUCGGGGGCUCGUAUCCCCCGCGCAGUGGCGCGCGGAGAUGCGACAAUUUCACGAGGCGGAGCUGAAGAGACGGGCGACUGAGGUGUUCAGGGCAGAAAUGGCCAAGGAGCGGGAGCUGGAAAAGGAAAUUGCGGCGCAGAAGAAGUUGGAGCGGCGGAGGAGGCGCGAGGAGGGCAUGAAGAAGGUUGGGGAGUGGAGCGCCGAGUGA